AUGUCCAAUGCCAUCAGCCAGUCACUCAAUCAGCAGCGACAGAUAUGGAUUAACUCUAUCAGAACUGUUUCAUUCAGCAAAGAAGAUGAAGCCUUAUGCCAUACAACGGAAGAAAAGACCCAUCACAACCUUCUUGACUAUUUCCGCUCAUGGUUUUGUCACGCCAUGCACACAAUAAAGGUUCCAGACUACCAGCAGCUUAUCGGCCUCGAGUUUCAAACCGGUAGGUAUUCACGCAAGGAGCAUUCCCCAGGCGAACCACUCCCAAAAUAUGUCAUUCAGCUCCAAGAGACUCUUGAUGGUAACAGCCGUGGGAAGUCAAUUUUCUUUUCCUUCGAGGGAGUUAGAGAACAUAACGAUCGAGGUGUAUUUAUGAAUCAUCUCAAGAGCCUGAAACACAAAAGUGGGCGCAUGGAUAAAGGGUUUAUGAUUCUGGGCGAAAAUUUAGAGCGUGAAGCUGUGUAUCGCACAUACACACCCGGUGGACAGAACUUUCCAGAAUCGAGUGGGCAAUAUAGACGCAGUGAGGUGGGUAGGAAGAUUAUGGGCGGAUUGGAUUUCGGUCCUGAGAUUCCAUAUUACGUCGUCGUGUUGGAGAUGGUCGAUGUAAAUGGUGGUAAUGAGAGGAAUUUGGCCGAUUUAGUCUUUAUGAGGAUGGAUAGGGGUGAUGGCACGAGAGAGGUGUCGGAAAUGAUGAAGUCAAUGGAGCCACGGCAAAAAUGGUAG